UGUGUGUGUAAUUGCGUGACAGCAAAAGUUCUGUGAAAAAAAUUGUACUUUAAUUUAUUUUCCAAACUCUACAAAUUACCAAAUGGGCUCACGCAACGAGUGUCGCAUUUAUGUUGGCAAUUUGCCACCAGAUAUUCGAACCAAGGAUAUACAGGACCUUUUCCACAAGUUCGGCAAAGUCACAUUUGUCGAUCUAAAGAAUCGGCGUGGUCCGCCAUUUGCAUUUGUCGAGUUCGAAGACGCGCGCGAUGCUGACGAUGCCGUUAAGGCUCGUGAUGGAUAUGACUAUGACGGCUAUAGGCUGCGAGUUGAGUUUCCUCGCGGCGGAGGUCCGGGAAGCUAUCGCGGCAACAAUCGCAACGAUCGCAGUCGUGAUGGCGGCGGUCGCAUGGGUGGUCGUGGUCCCCCAGCUAAACGCUCACAGUACCGCGUCAUGGUUACUGGUUUGCCUGGAUCAGGCUCGUGGCAGGACCUGAAGGAUCAUAUGCGUGAGGCCGGUGAUGUUUGCUUUGCCGAUACAUACAAAGACGGCUCUGGCGUCGUGGAGUUCUUACGCCACGAGGAUAUGAAAUAUGCCAUUAAGAAGUUGGAUGAUUCACGUUUUCGUUCACAUGAGGGAGAGGUGGCCUAUAUACGAGUACGUGAGGAUAGUGGAGAUAAUGACCGUGGCGGCGGUGGUGGUGGUGGCGGCGGCAGCCGUGAAUAUCGCGAUAGAUCACGUUCGCGCUCGUUUUCAUCGCGCCCUCGUCGUCGUGGUACUCCAACAUAUUCGCCGGUGCGUCGCCAAUCCUAUUCCAGGUCUCGCUCACGCUCUAAUUACUAAAUUCUGCAAUCAUUAUCCAUUAAUAUUAAUAUUUCUUACGAGCAGGAAAAUUUAGGAAAAGCAAGAAAAUUAUCAAGACCUCCCAUACCCCACUAACUAUCUAUCUGUUUAGUUAAAUUCUGUUGAGCCGAUCAAACAGUUUCAAUAUCACGAAAAACAAAGAAACCCUUUUAUCAAGACUCAAGCAAUCCAAGUGCGAAUCCAAAAUUUAGGAACACUAUGUACACUUGCUUUUCUCUU